AAUUUACGACUAACCUUGGCGGGACUUUGGAGAUGGCGGUUCUAUUAGAAACUUCUCUUGGCCAACUUGUGAUUGAUCUGUAUUGUGAUGAAAAGCCGCGAACAUGUACAAACUUUAUCAAACUCUGCAGACUGAAGCACUUCAACUUUUGUCUCUUUCACUGUGUACAGAAAAAUUUGGUUGCUCAGUCUGGGGAUCCUAGCGGAACAGGUCAUGGUGGUUGGUCUUUUUUCAAGUACUUGUAUGGUGACCAGGCAAGUUAUUUUGAUGCUGAGAAAAAACCAAAAAUAUCGCAUACACGAAAAGGGCUGGUUUCCAUGGUGGACAAUGGAUCUGGACAGCAUGGUUCUCAAUUCUUCAUAACUUUGGGAGAUGAUCUUAGUUACCUGGAUGACACGCAUACAGUUUUCGGCUAUAUUGCUGAGGGAAUGGACUUCGUUGAAAGGAUAAAUGAGGUGUACUGUGAUAAAAAUGGUCGGCCGUUCCGAAAUGUCAGGAUACAUCAUACAAUUGUUCUUGAUGACCCAUUUGAUUCACCGAAAAUGAUUCGUUAUCCUGACUCUCCACCCUCAAUAAACGUCUCUACAGUAAGCAAAAUUAUGCAGUUUGACACUAGAUUAGAAGAGGAUGAAGAACUAGAUGAUACGGAAGGACUUUCACCUACACAAGUGGAGGAACUGAAGAUAGAGCAAGAAGUUAGAACUCAUACUCAGCUUCUUACAUUGAUAGGCGAUUUACCAGAUGCUAAUGUUAAACCUCCAAAUAAUGUACUUUUUGUGUGUAAACUAAAUCCCGUAACCACAAGCGAGGAUUUGGAGAUUAUCUUCAGUCGGUUUGGUGAAAUCAAAUCAUGUGAAGUAAUUAGAGAUAAACGUACUGGUGCUUCUCUUCAGUAUGCUUUCAUAGAAUAUGAGAAAGAAGCUGAUUGUGAAGAUGCCUAUUUCAAAAUGGACAAAGUCGUUAUUGAUGAUAGACGUAUCCAUGUGGAUUUCAGUCAGUCGGUUGCUCGUGAAUGGCAGUCUUACGGAAAAGAUAAGCUUGCACGUGUCCAACCUUCUUCUGAGUCAAAAAAAUCACGAGACGUAAGACAAGCUUGUUUACCUAGAUCACCAGAACGAAAUAGUAGAAGAAAUUACCCCCAGCAUUCUCAUAGCCAUGAAAAUAAGAAAAAGAAAUAUAGUCCUAUAAGACGCAGAUCUCCAUCUGUAUUAGGUGAGGAAUAUGAUUUGGUAAUUUCAGAUGAGUCUGAUUCCUCAUCAUUAUCGGUGAAUCCCCGGGGGAAAUCCAAAUGGAAAGAUCAUUUAGGGCCAAGCAAGUCAUUCAGAAAGCACCACAAAAAACACAAAGAGAGAAAAAGCAAACAUAAGAAACACCAUUCACGAUACUAACCAUUGCAACAAAUUUGGGUAUUUGUUAUUGUAUAUUAUACUUUGUGAUGCCCAUAUUUUGUAAACUACGAACUCAUCAUUUUUUGUAAACCUUGACUUUUAUUGUUAUAAUUGUUGAAAUGUAAUUAAUCGCAAGAUCGCCACCUAAUUACUUAGAUCAAACCGUUAUAAACAUUGAGUAAAACAGUUAUAUGAUCAAUCAGUUGCAUGCGUAUUUGUUUGAUAAACCGUGUUUAUUUGUAUUUUCCAUAAUUAUUAUCACGUCUAAAAAGUUUACAGGGGUGAAUUGAACAUACUGUUCUCUAAUUUUUGGACGGUUCCUGGUAGUGAGACACAAGAUGCCCAUUGCCCCUUAUUUGAAACUCGUCAGAUGUGUGCACCUGUGAUUUUACAUUUAAGUUCUUAAUGAGAUAAUGAUCCAUUACUUUAAACGUCGGGUUUCUGAUUCAUAAAAGCCGCCACUUGUUUAGUAAGACUAAUGUGUGUGCAUUACUCUUAGUCAGAGAAUCCGUAUUUCAUCACAAUAUUUUGCGGAAAUAUUAAGUCUAAGCUGGUGCUUUUUCACUAAGCGUAUUCACUGGCCGAUUUGACAUAGGUUACGUAUGUUGAAGGCUCUAAUGUGUAGUUUGUAGCGAGGUUUCAGUAGACCUGGGACAGUUCAACUGGCGUUCAGCCACACUUCGAUUUCCCACGAUCUCCAGUCAACCUGAAUGGCAAGUUAAUGUAAGUCCUCCAACUCUUUACGAAGUUGAGAAAGCUAUAGGAAAUCUGAAGCGGGGGAGAGCAGUAGGCUCUGACAGGUUUACCCCUGAGAUUUUUAAGGAUGGUGGUCCAGUAUUAGCAGUGAGAUUGACUGAGGUCUUAGGUAGAAUCUGGGGACUGAACGUAAUCUCAUCUGACUGGUCUACCAACCGAAGGCCGAGUUUAUUGUGCAUCAGUUUGUUCCGUCCUACUUCAUGGCUGUGAAAUAUGGCCGGUAAGAGCAGAGGAUGUCCGCAGGUUACCAAUAUCCGAUCAUAGGUGUCUUCGGAGCAUUGCUCGUGUAUCCUGGGACCACCGAGUAAGUAAUGCAGUUGUUAGGAAACGGGUACUAAGUGAGGAUGGCAAAUCAAUUGAUGAAGUAGUGGGACUUCAUCAGUUGAGGUAGCUGGAACAUAAGCUACGUAUGCCCAACCACCGACUACCCCGAUGUGCGAUGUUUCAUGGUAUAGAAGUAUGAUGAAAGAAAGCUAGGGGCGGCCAGACCAAAACAUGGCACAAAUGCAUGAGGUCACUGGCAAGUGGACUGAGCCAUGUUGGUAGGUGUAGACCACCUGAUUGGGAUCCUCGAGAUGAUAGCAACCGAUGGUUAGAGACCUUGGAGGAUAUGACUCCAAACCGUUUGCAAUAGUGUAGGUGCAUCCACUCUUUGUGUUCUUCCAAAUUCUAAUCUGAAUUUUUCGUGUCCCUUUUUUUCUCUUUCCAAAUUUAUUUCACUGGAUUAUACUCAUUGAAUAUCAUCUUCAAAUCUUAAUGUUUGUGACUGCUGCUUAUACUUUUACUACUUCUACCACUACGGGAUUUUAAUCGACAACUGCAUCUCUGUGCUAAUGUGGUAUGGCAACCUGAACUGGUAUACGUACGUACGUACGAAGUUAUACGUUUUUACUGACUGACAGGGACAGUUUUGCGCAUUAGAAUUCUGGCUGUGGCGGCGACACUUGAGGAGAAAGAGGAAAAAGUUUAGAGUUGAUAGUCGAGGUACGAGGGGUAAUAGGAAUCAAAGAGGGAAAUUGAUUAUGAGUGCAGUGAUCUUGAGUGCUGUUAGAGGUAUGAGAGUAGUUAUCACUUCCCGAUUGCCCACACCGCGGAAGGGUUCUUCUAGAGGCACCUGUAAAAGGAAUUGGAUUAAAGGUGGCCUUAGUGGUCUGAGUGCGUGACCGCAGUGCCCAAGGGAAAACUUCUUGGUGUCGGUCAAACACGACCUCUUUGUAACUAUUGUCAUAGCUACGUACUUGUUAGGACUAACACGGAAGACGGAUUCCCGUGGGAUAAGGCUUACUUACUCACGCCUGUUACCCCCAAUAGAGCAUAGGCCGCUGACCAGCAUUCUCCAACCCACUCUGUCCUGGGCCUUCCUUUCCAGCUCUAUCCAAUUUUUGUUCAUUUUCCUCAUAUCUGUCUACAUUUCUCGACGUAGUGUGUUCUUUCAUCUUCCUCUUUUCCUUUAGCCUUGAAGAUUCCAUGUGAGGGCUUGUCUUGUGACGCAGUUGGAUGCUUUCCUUAAUGUGUUUCCAUCCACUUCCUCCGCUGGGAUCUGGUUUGUUCUCUCCCAUAGUAGGUUGUUGCUGAUAGUGUCUGGCCAACAGAUCCGAAGUAUUUU